UUAAGCAUGAAGCAAUUUCAAUUUACCAAUGGAAUUCAAUAGUAAUUCCAUUUCAUCAAAUUUGCUGCCAAAUUCCAUGUCAGCGCCCUCUUAUUCAAAGUCUCAGUACUAUCAAGAAGAUAGAGAGCAGGGACACAUUUUCGAUUCAAUGGAUUUCAAUAGUAGUUCAAUUUCACCAAAUUUGUUGUCAAAUUCCAUAUCAACACCCUUUUAUUCGAAGCCUCAGAGUUGUCAAGAAGAUAGAGAGGGAAACAUUUUCAAUUUACCAAUGGAUUUCAAUAGUAAUUCAAUUUCACCAAUUUUGCAACCAAAUUCCAUGUCGACCCUUUAUUCAAAGCCUCAAUAUUGCCAAGAAGAUAUAGAGGGAAGCAUUUUCAAUUUACCGAUGGAUUUCAAUAGUAAUUCAGUUUCAUCAAAUCUGCUGUCGAAUUCCAUGUCAACACCCUCUCAUUUGAAGCCUCAGAAUUAUCAAGAAGAUAGAGAGCAGGUUAGCACUUUCAAUUUACCAAUGGAUUUCAAUAGUAAUCCAAUUUCACCAAAUUUGUUGCCAAAUUCCAUGUCAGCGUCCUCUUAUUCAAAGCCUAUAUAUUGUCAAGAAGAUCAAGAGGCAAGAAAUUUUGAUUUACCAAUAGAGUUCAAUAGUAAUUCAAUUUCACCAAAUUUGUCGUCAAAUUCCAUGCUGACACCCUUUUAUUCAACGUCGCAAUUUUCUCAAGAAAGAGAGCAGGAAAGCAAUUUCAAUCUUCCAUUGAAUUUCAACAAUAAUUCAAUUUCACCAAAUCUACUGCCAAAUUGCAUGCCAGUACCCUCUUAUCCAAAGUCUCAAUAUCAUCAAGAAGAUAAAGAGACAAACAAUUUCAAUGUUCCAAUGAAUUUCAAUAGUAAUUCAAUUUCACUAAAUCCGACACCAAAUUCUUUGUCAGCACCCUCCUAUCUAAUGCCUCAAUAUUCUCAAGAGCAUAAAGAGGGAACCAAUUCCAAACUACCAAUGAAUUUCAAUGGUAAUUCGAUUUCGCCAAAUUUGAUGUCAAAUUCUACGUUGGUACCCUCUUUUCCAAUGCCUCGCUAUCAUCGUGCAGAUAAAGAGGAAGAGCAAAAACUUCGAUUAUUCUGGGAGAAGCAAUUGUUCAAUAUUCAAGUUGCUGAAGCAUUUAAGAGCCAGCAACAGUUGCCGCUAGCUCGAAUUCGAAGGAUCAUGAAAACAGACCCAGAAGUGCAGAUGAUCAGUGCUGAAACUCCAAUACUUAUGUCAAAAGCAUGUGAGAUUUUCAUUCAGGAGCUCACUUAUCGUGCUUGGAUGCGUGCUGAAGAGAGCAAUAACCAAACUGUGCAACCUUGUGAUGUUGCCAAAGCCAUUGUGCAAACUAAUGCCAUGAAUUUCCUCACUGAGAUUGUUCCAAAUGAACUCCUCCAUUUCUGUGCUCUUGAUGCCCAGGAAGAGAAUGCUGGAAACAUUGCAGAAGGAAAUCAAGCUGCCAUGCCUUACACUGCUGGUUUUAUGGGAAAUCCUAUGAUGAAUAUGGGCAAUGACUUGGAGGCAAUAAACCAAGUGAUUCCUCAACCCAACAUGAUGCAGCCAUCCUAUAUGCCUUCACAACAAUUGCCAUACAACUUUCAUCCCAAGUGAACAUAGGGAUGCAUGUACCGGGGUGAACGAAGUCAUGGUGUGGAGCAACUGUUUACCUCAAUUACUAUAAAAUAAUACCACACCCCUUUCCAUUUUUCUGUUUUGAAUUUUGGGAAACUUUAGCCCGUUCAAAUAAUUGGACACCUUUUUGUUUCAACAUUCUAUAUCUUAUGUGUCCAACAACCACCCUUGUGGAAUGGUUACAUUAAAUUUUAAUUUUUAAUAUGGGUUAUAACUA